AUGAAUCUUCAACGAUUCUUGGGUAUGGUGAAUUAUCUGAGUAAAUUUGUCCCCAACCUCUCACAAACCACCACUCCGCUUCGUGAAAUGCUCAAGAAAGAUGUUCAUUUUGACCUCCAGCAACCACAACUGGACGCCAUCCAAGAGCUGAAACGUUUGAUCACUUCACCUCCAUGCCUCAAGUUUUAUGAUCCAAAUCUGCCUACUCGAUUUAAACCUGACGCAAGUGCUGAUGGUCUUGGUGCCCUCCUUGAACAAAACCAUGGUUCAGACGAUUCUCCCCAAUGGUUCCCCAUUGCCUAUGCAUCUAGAGCAUUGUUACCAUAUGAAAGGAACUAUGCACAAAUCGAAAAAGAAGCUCUCUCGAUUGUAUUUGGAACGGAACGCUUUCAUGAGUACCUCUACGGUCAUCACUUCACUGCAUUCAAUGAUCAUCAACCACUCAAGUCAAUCUUCAGUAAGUCCAUCACUCAAUGUCCACCAAGAAUACAGCGCUUCUUCAUGAAGCUUCAAAAGUAUGACUUCGACAUUGAAUAUUCUCCUGGCAAAACCAUGGUCGUCUCAGAUGCACUCAGCAGGGCCUACCUCAACAACCAAUCAACUGAAAUUGAUUAACCUGAUUUGACUCACUGUAUCCAAUUCACUUUCGACAACCUUCCCAUCAGCGAUGCUCACCUGACUGAAUUUCAGAAAGAGACAGCCUCUGACACUACAUUACAGCAACUCAAGGAAUACACUCUUAAAGGAUGGCCACAACAACGUGACAUUCCUCAAACAGUCAAGCCAUACUACAACAUCCGUGAUGAAAUUGUUUACAACAACGGCUUACUCCUCAAAGGUCAACGCAUCAUCAUCCCAUCAUCACUGCGCAGCACCAUAAAAGCAAUCAUACACCAGGGCCACACUGGCAUUGAAAGUUGCAAAAAUCGUGCGCGAAUGUCCGUCUAUUGGCCCGGAAUAAACGCACAAAUUGAAGAUCUUGUUUCUAACGUACUGUUCACUUUGCCCAACCUACAGAAACAAGCAGCAGAAGGAAACUCUUAUUCAACCUACGGUUCCGAAUGCACCAUGGACAAAAGUUGCCUCAGACCUGUUUUCCCUUUAUGGACAUGACUACGUUAUCGUUACGGACUAUUUCUCAAAGUACAUUGAAAUUGAACGACUCACCGACAAAUCGAGCGCCACUGUGGUUAAUAAAAUUAAGAAGAUUUAUACUCGACAUGGCAUUCCUAAAGAGCUCUGUUCCGACAAUGGUCCAGAAUACACAGCGGCAUGUUUCAAACAGUUUGUCAAAGAAUGGGACUUUAAACACACUACUUCAAGUCCUCACUUUUCGCAGUCCAAUGGUUUCGUGGAAAGAGCAAUCCAAACUGUUAAGAAGAGUUUGAAAAAAAGCACAUGAUGGCAACAAGGACCCUUACCUUGCGUUGUUAGUCCUCAAUACCACUCCUGGAAACGACAACAAGUCACCAGCUGCGCGCCUCUUCGGUCGUCAACCACGUUCCACAUUGCCUUCCCUAAUCCAACCUGCAUUUCCUCCCCCCCUCCCCCCUCCUCCCAAAGACACCCGAGCGAAGACAAAAGAAAGAUGUGAUCAACACGCUAAAGAUCUACCUGAUAUCCAACCAGGAACUGUUGUUCUAAUCCGUGCGAAGGAAGAUGAGAAAUGGAGUCAACUUGGUAAAGUCGUAGAGAAGUGUGCCGAGCCACGGUCUUAUCGUGUCCUCAAUGACAAAGGAAACAUUGUGAGACGCAACCGUCGCCACCUUAUCCCGUGUAAGAACAGAUUCCAGAUCCGGAAUGACCUUGAUUAUGAUGAUCUAGAAGUGACAACUCGACCCAGUUCUCCAGAACCACCAAACGAAAUCGUCACAAGAUCUGGUCGAGUCGUUCGAAAACCGACAAAUAAACGUUCAUUCAAACUUUAUUAA